GCUGAGUUUUCCAAGAAAUAACUUCACCAAGAUGUCCAGUGAUAGGCAAAGGUCCGAUGAUGAGAGCCCCAGCACCAGCAGUGGUAGUUCAGAUGCGGACCAGCGAGACCCAGCCGCUCCAGAGCCUGAAGAACAGGAAGAAAGAAAACCUUCUGCCACCCAGCAGAAGAAAAACACCAAACUCUCUAGCAAAACCACUGCUAAGUUAUCCACUAGUGCUAAAAGAAUUCAGAAGGAGCUAGCUGAAAUAACUCUUGAUCCUCCUCCUAACUGCAGAGAGAGACCCAAUGAGGAAAAUGAAGCAGAGAGUUUACACAGCUGA